AUGGAGUCCCACGCUUUCCUCCAGGGAGCAGAGUGUGCUAGAGGUUGGACUGAAUAGGGAAUGGAUCAUGUUUCUCUGCCUGCUCCAGAGAGCACCCCAUGGGAGGCCUGUGCAGGGAAGGAUGCGGAAGACGAUGCCACAAACACCCACCUUUUUGGUGCCUUUCCAGUGCCAGGGGUCUCCCCUGAACAUAGCCAGACACCAGAGUCCAUCUUGCCUUUCAUGGGUCCAAGGAAAGACUCUGCCACUGGGCUACAUGGCUGGAUGGCAGGACCUAGCACCACUCGUGCAAAAAAGAGGAAGCCCAACUUCUGCCUUCAGGAGACUGAGGUGCUGGUGUCCAAGGUCAGCAAGCAGCACCAGCUGCUGUUUGACUUGGAGCUGCUGGAGGCUGAUCCCUCCCACAGGUACCACGUAUGGAGCCAGAUCCCAUAGGUGAUGAACGCAUUGGGCUACUGACACCAAGAUAUGGUAGACCUGAAACACAAAUGGCUGGACCUGCGUGUCGUUGCGUGGCACAAACUGGGCGAACUCCAGAAGGUGCUUCUUGGACAAGGCUCUGGCCUUAGCUCUGCCUCUGGCAAGCUGCAAGCCCUGGCACACAUACCCAUGGAACAGGUGGUAGCCAAGAUGUUCUGAUGCCAGGCUCUGCUCCCUGAAGUUUUCCACCUAGAGCUGCCCACAGCCACCCAGGGUGAUGCUCUUGACCUCCAGGAGUUGUGCCAGGACACACUGGCCAAUGUCUUUCCAAUCAACUCCCAUGGCAAUGACCUCCUGGGGACACUAAGUGAAACACAGGAGCUUCAGGACAGCCUGCAUGAAGGUCAGCAGGACACCAAUAAAACCAUUGCUGCCAGCUCCAGUGCCACGAAGCAGGGGUCAGAGCUAAUACCAAACACCUGCCCUGGACUGUCAGCAGCAGUCCUAGGGGGUGAAAUGAGAAGACCUGCCUAUGAGGGGAGUGGCUCAGUCAGCGCAAGUAUGAAGAUUGCAGAAAAGUCCAGAGCACUGCUUCGCAGGGUGCAUCGGGCUGACAAGCAGGCCUUAUUCGCAGGCCUGGCUGAUCGCCAGAAGACCUUUAAUGCACGUGACAGCAUGUGGCAGGGCCAGGGGCAGGUACUGCUUCUAUACAUGACUACGGAGGACCUGGAAGCCAUCUGUCUGCACAAGGAGGCCAUCUUGCAGAUGGUGGUGAGAUCUGCAUGUGAUGACUCUCAGCACUCCACCAUGGCAGCUACCAAGAACUUGAGGGCUCAAGGAGUCAGCCUGUUGCAGGCUCUCACCCUUUCCCUGGAGGCUGGAGUUUCAUCUGGCCUUGCAGUGCUUGCUGAUUGACUCUCCUGGGAGUCUUGGGAUCCUGGUGGUAGGACAGGGUGCUCUGCUCAACCUGGGCCUCUAAGGAAGUAAUUCAGUUCUUUCCCUUGCUGCCUAGAGGAGACUGAGUGCCUGGCAUGAUUACUCCUUCCCAGUGGUGCUCAGG